AUCCGAGUAGUGCGGAAACUGCUGACCCAGAGGAGAGUUCUCCAAACAUGAUAGUCUACAGAAAGAUUGAAGACAUUGUUACAAGAAUGCAAGAUGACAAAACAGGUGGAGUUCCCAUCCGCACUGUCAAGAGCUUUCUGUCCAAAAUCCCCAGCGUGGUCACUGGUUCUGAUAUUGUGCAGUGGCUUAUGAAGAAUCUCAGCAUUGAGGAUGCAGGGGAAGCAAUACACUUGGGAAGUCUUAUUGCUGCACAGGGUUACGUCUUUCCCAUCUCAGACCAUGUCCUUACCCUUAAGGAUGAUGGGACGUUCUAUCGUUUUCAGGCACCAUACUUUUGGCCUUCUAACUGCUGGGAACCAGAAAACACAGAUUAUGCCAUCUAUCUUUGCAAACGGACCAUGCAGAACAAAGCUAGGCUGGAGCUGGCGGAUUAUGAAGCCGAAAACUUAGCAAGACUUCAGAGAGCGUUUGCAAGAAAGUGGGAAUUCAUCUUCAUGCAAGCAGAGGCCCAAGUGAAAAUCGACAGAAAAAAGGAUAAAACAGAAAGAAAGAUUUUGGACAGCCAGGAAAGAGCAUUCUGGGAUGUGCACAGGCCUGUGCCAGGCUGUGUGAACACCACAGAAAUGGACAUUAGAAAGUGUCGCCGUAUGAAAAACCCACAAAAAGUGAAAAAGUCAGUGUAUGGGGUUACAGAGGAGUCUCAGCCCCAAAGCCCCGUACACCUGCCCUCCCAACCGGUGCGCAAAACGACAAAAGAGGAUUUCCGGAAGCAGAUAACUUUUCUGAACAUGCAGAUAGAGAGACAUUGUUUAAAGAUGUCCAAAGUAGCAGAAAGUUUAAUAGCCUACACAGAGCAGUAUGUGGAAUAUGACCCCUUUAUAACUCCUGCUGAGCCUUCCAAUCCCUGGAUAAGUGAUGAUGCAGCAUUGUGGGACAUUGAAAUGAGCAAAGAACCUAGUCAGCAGCGUGUGAAAAGAUGGGGUUUCUCCAUGGAUGAGGUGCUGAAGGACCCAGUGGGACGAGACCAGUUCCUUCGUUUCCUGGAAUCAGAAUUCAGCUCAGAAAACCUCAGGUUUUGGUUGGCUGUCCAAGAUCUCAAGAAACGACCUUUACAGGAUGUGACCACAAGAGUGGAAGAAAUCUGGCAAGAGUUUCUAGCUCCUGGGGCCCAAAGUGCUAUUAACCUGGAUUCCCACAGCUAUGAAAAAACAAGCCAAAAUGUCAAAGACCCAGGGAGAUAUACAUAUGAAGAUGCACAGGAGCACAUUUACAAGCUGAUGAAGAGUGACAGCUACGCGCGCUUUCUGCGUUCGAACGCUUACCAGGACUUACUGCUGGCAAAGAAGAAGCCAGAGAAUGAGCAAGGUCGUAGAACUUCUCUAGAAAAGUUCACUCGCAGCGUGGGAAAGUCUCUGGCAAGCAAGCGCCUCACGGGCCUGAUGCAGUCCUCCUGACAGCUCCGGCCGACCGCCCCGCGGGAGAGACAGCUGAGACCACUGCCGGGGACAGGGAGAGCAAGUCCCUGCUGGGGAGACAGCCUGAGCAACUGGAAGCAGAGAGCCACACACCAGUGGAGCACCUCUCUUCACAGUUUACACCAACACUUCCCUGUCUGCACAGCUCCUUAAGGACCCUGAGCUCUGUGCAGGUACUUUGUCUCCAGCUGAGGUUUGGAGAACACUUCACCAUACACAGGAGGUCAACAAGGCAAGGGCUUGCUGUCUCGUUAUUUAAGGAAACAGACCCAACCACAUCUUGGAGAAAGAAGAGCUGAGAGAGAUCAGUGUUUUUCCACAUCUCUUUCCUCCCUGGCACAAACAUGACUGUAAUACGAUGGCACCACAAUCUCACUUACUCCCUUUCAUGUGGCCGUCUGGAUCCAAUAAAAUAUCUGGAUAUUUUA